AUGAUGAUCAGAGCUUGUUCAAGAGGGGAGUACAGCACCAUCUUCCUCUCUCUGACAGUGGCUGUCAUAAUCUACGUACUACAUAACAUGGAAUUGCUGCAGUUUCUGAAAAAGGUGAACCCCACCAUCAUCUACCCAAGUGCUUCCACUGAGCCUGACAUGCAUCGUGGCCUCUGCAAAUUCCAGCCACUGCCCCCUGAGGAUGCACGGGAGGAACGCCAACUACUUGACUCCAUUGCUUGGCCUGAAACUCCACUUUUGCCAGAUCCUCUUGUCCUGGCGCAGACCAGUGAUCCAACUCACAGCACCUUCACUAUUCUCCCAAGGAGGGGAGGAGGACAGUGGCGUGUAGGAGAUCAGCUGGCGGUCAUGAUUUCAAUUUCUGACUUCAAUGAUCGUCCCAAGAAGUCUGGGGGGGACUUCUUACUCGCCCGGUUGCAUAGCCCGAAGCUUGUUGCAGGCGUAGCUGGGCAGGUGGUGGACCAUCUCAAUGGCAGUUACUCUGCUGUAUUCACUUUACUCUGGGAAGGAGACAUGAACGUUGAGGUGAUGCUGGUUCACUCCAGUGAGGCUAUCACAGUGCUGACCCGGCUAAAUGUUGAACAGCCUGACAGGAUGCGAUUCCAGAGCCUCUUCCGAUCAGGCAAAAUCUCUGAAACUACCAUCUGUAACAUCUGCCUACGUCAACCCCAGCAGCCGCUGUGCAACUUUACUGACCCCCGUACAGGUGAGCCUUGGUUCUGCUACAAACCAAAGAACCUGAGCUGUGAUACCAGGAUGACCCACGGUACAGAAGAAUUCCAUCAAAACCUCAAGGAAGGAGAGGAGAAGCUCUUUCAAAGUGAUAUCAACAUGAAAGUCUACAUUAAGGCUUCAGGACCUGCCUAUGUCACUGUAAUGCCAAAAGAUGAAGGUCAACCACAGGUGAAGAGCAGCAUUGUGACAUCUGAACCCUUUGGCUAUUACUACCAGGGUGUGUGGCGAGCACUGGAUGGCACCACUGUCCGCCAGUUCGACACCCCUGCCAUCAUUAGAUGUCUGAAAGGCAAAGAGGUCCUUAUAUAUGGAGACUCCACAGUCAGGCAGUGGUUUGAAUUCCUCACGUCGGUAAUACCAGAUCUGAAGGAGUUUGUCCUGCACAAUCCGGGUAAAGCUGGACCUCACAUGUCUGUGGACCAGACUCAUAACAUCUUGGUGAUGUCCCGCUUCCAUGGGGUUCCUAUCCGUAUUGUAUCCGUCUCAUCCAGCGAGUUGCGUUAUGCUACCAAUGAAAUAGAUGGCUUAAUUGGAGGCCCGAACACUGUUGUAGUUAUUGGCAUCUGGGCUCACUUUGGCACUUUCCCCAUUGAGGUCUAUAUCCGGCGGCUGCAGAACGUCCGCAGGGCGGUAGUGCGGCUGUUGAACAGGGCUCCAGCCACGAAGGUCAUCAUCCGAACUGGGAAUCCUAAAGCUUUAAACCUUUUUUAUGCGCUAACCAACAGUGACUGGUACACGCUGCAGAGUGACAAAGUGCUCAGAGCCAUGUUCAAAGGAAUGAACGUGCAUAUGAUCUAUGCCUGGGAGAUGGUCAUGGCCCAUCAACUGCCGCACAACCUCCACCCACUACGUCCCAUUAUUAAGGACAUGAUUGAUGUUCUCUUGUCCUACGUAUGCCCUCAAUAG